UGUGAGCAGUAAUCAUCGUGCACCAGUGAGAGUUCUCAUGAACGGAAUUUUAUCUUUCCCGCCACACGCGUUAACGAUAUACAAUAUAUAGAGUGAUUUAAACAUUAUUAAUUUAACGAAAAUAACAUUACAACGUUAAAAAUAUUAACGAAUAGGCGUAAAAAAAUGGCAGAGGAAAAGAUUGUCUUGGACGAACAGUUGCUCGAUUAUCUACGAACAUACGUAAGAGAUUUAAAUCUGAAGGAUCCUGAAUUUUAUAUAACCAAGGCUUGCAACAAGGGUGACAAUUUCGUUGGACUUGUUUAUCGCGUAAAAAUCGAAGGUAUUGAAAAUGGCAAGGCCAAGAGUGUUCAUGUUAUUUUAAAAACACCAAGGCUCGAUACGUCGACAGAUGUUACGCAAUCUAUCAAUCUGUACGAACGAGAAAUAUUCUUCUAUCAAGAGAUAUUGCCUAUUUUUAAGGAAACUUUAAAGAAACACGGUGGAAUCGCCGACUUAUUUCCCACGUUUUAUGGCGCUAAUAACGAGCCCGGAAAAGAGAUUUUGAUACUAGAAAAUCUAAUGGUCAAAGGAUUCACGAUGAAGAGUUUGAGAAUCAUGGAUUAUCCACAUGUCUCUUUGGCACUUCGAUGCUUAGGUGAAUUUCACGCAUACAGCUUUAUCACACGCGCCGCCGAUCCGAUAAGCUUCAACAAAUUGAAAGAAAUGAAGGAACCAUUAUUCUCUCGAAUAUUAAAUUACGAAAGAGAUGAGUAUAUUAUUAACGUUUGCAACAUCAUUGGGAAGGCUUUAAUAGAUGAAAAGAAAUAUUAUUUGGAGAGAUAUCAACAAUUCACAGAUAAUAUUAGACGAAACAUGAAUGACGUAAUCGAUGGAAACGCUGCCGAGCCUUAUGCCGUUGUAAACCAUGGUGACGCUUGGACUAACAAUAUACUUUAUAAAUAUGAUCAGAAAUCGCAGGAGCGUUCCCAGGAGAAAAAACCGUGUGAUUUACGCUUCUUAGAUUUUCAAAUAUGUCGUUACGCGUCACCCGUGUUAGAUAUAGUUUAUUUGCUCUUUUGCUGCUGUACGCAGGAAACGAGAAGUAAAUAUUAUGAUCAACUAAUAGAUGAAUAUUACGAAACAUUAUCUAAAUGUUUAGAAAGAUGCGGUUACGAUUCUAAUAUCCUUUUUCCUUACGAAGUAUUAUCCAAACAUUUUACCAAAUUCGGAAAAUACGCAGCAGGAAUGGCUAUUUUCACUUUACAUAUAUUCACCGAUAAUAAAGGCGAGUAUACAGAUAUAGAAUCUACUCGUAAUUACAAAAAAAUGGAAGAAAGAGUGCAAAAUGAUAGUUUUUAUAGAUACAUGAUAAAAGGCACUUUCAAAGAUCUUGUCGACAAAAAUUACAUAUAGACAUAUAUAUAUAUUUGUUUAGUGUCCUAGUCACAAUGUGUCAUGGUACAAUAUUUUAGUACAUUUUAUAAUGUAUUCUGAAGAUUAAAUAAAUUCGAGUAUCUCUCUCUCUC